CCGACCCUCCGUCUCCCCCCCGCUGGCUGUUCCGCUGCCAUCACUCGCCUCCCCCCGAUUAUAGCUAUUUCUCCUAUCUACGAGCAGGCGACUAACAUGGAUAUUGCAAAUCAGUUGGUUGCCCAGGGGCAGUUCAGGGUGCUGAAAGUCCCAUUGGGCUUCAUCAAAAUCUUAGAAUGGGUGUUUGCCAUCUUUGCGUUCUCCACCUGUGGGAGUUACUCCGGCUCCUUCAGGAUGAGCGUGGAGUGCAAGAACAGAUCCGACAGUAACCUGAAAAUAGACGUGGACUUUGAGUAUCCCUUCAGGCUCCAUCAAGUGUAUUUCAACGCUCCUACCUGCAAGAAUGGCCAGUCCGAUCGUUUCUUCCUGGUUGGUGAUUACUCCUCUUCAGCAGAGUUCUUCGUCACCAUCGCCGUUUUUGCAUUUCUGUACUCCAUGGCAGCUCUCAGCAUCUACAUAUUUGCCUUUGAGAAGUACAGAGAGAACAAUAAAGGACCACUAAUCGAUUUCGGUGUGACAUGCGUAUUCACCUUCAUGUGGCUGGUGAGCUCGGCAGCCUGGGCUAAGGGCUUGUCGGAUGUCAAGACGGCUACUGACCCAGAGAAGGUUCUGGAUCUGAUCCCUGCCUGUGAAAACAGUGGCAACCGAUGCCGUGAAGUUUACGACCCUGUCAUGUCUGGUCUUAAUACUUCUGUCGUCUUUGGCUUCCUGAACCUGAUCUUGUGGACGGGUAACCUGUGGUUUGUGUUCAAGGAGACUGGGAUCGUGGCACCGUUUAUGCGCCAGCAGCCUGCCCAGGAGAAGCAGCCCGCCCCUGACUCCUACGGACAGGCAGGUUACGGGCAGCAGGACCCGUAUGCCGGUUCCCAGGGAGGCUACCAGCCCGACUACAGCCAGCAAGGCUACAAUCAGGGUGGAGACUACGGCCAGGGCGGAUAUGAACAGCAGGGGGCACCCACCUCCUUUUCCAACCAGAUGUGAGGGAAGAAAAUCUGAGGAAGCGGGAGUUAGCUGGAAGAAGGUGAUCGUUUGACUCUAGCAGUGUGGUGCCUGAACCUUACCCACAAUCCCACACCUCUUCCUGUUUGUGCGUCUGUGCUUACGUCUGUGAAAGGAAAGGGGGCGGGUGGGAGGGGAGGGGAUGGGGUCGAAUCUAAAAUCACAUAUAUAGAGGGGUGCGGGAUAGAGCGGAGGGAUUUUAAUGUGCUGUUUAAUAUUGUGAUGUAUACAACUAAAAAAAGGUCGAUCAAAAUUCAAAACACUUGAGUACUGUACCAAAAUAUGAAAACGUAUAUGAAGCCUAUUACAAAUUUUCGAAUUGAUGAUGUUGACAAUAGUAAUGCUGAACUUGAGAGAAUGUAUUUGUCUGUGUGCUGUAAAGAUAUAAUGAUAAACUAUAUAUAUAUAUAUAUAUAUAUAUAUAUAUAUAUAUAUAUAUAUAUAUAUAUAUAUAUAUAUAUAUAUAGGAUUAUUUCACUGUAGUCUAGAUCACUUUAGAGGCCCUAAAUUAAUAAAAUAAUAAUAAUAAUAAUUUGAAAAUGGGAAAACAUUCACAAAGCCCCACAGAGUCUGUUCCUUGACAUAUUUACCUCUGGUGGGUUGUGGUUUGGUACAAUUUGUUCCAUUUCAAUGUUGGAUUCUUUUCUUUGGUUUGGUAUUUGGUUGUUGUUGGUUAUUUUUUCAUGGGCGGGAUGGAGCACUGAUAUGACUGAGACAGAGGCGAUGGGGGGCGUCCAGAGUUGCUGUGGGCACAAUCAUUCCUAAACUUAUGGAUGGACCACAUUAAUUCAACCAGCAAGCAAAACGGUCAGGGGUAUCAUAAAGCAUUUUUCAUUUCCUGAUGAAAUGUUGACUUUGUUUACUUUGACACUCUCUCUCUCUCUCUCUCUCUCUCUCUCUCUCUCUCUCUCUAAUCGUUGUCUUAUGAAAAGCACAUGCGUUCUCAGUGAAGAAUUAGCAUGGUUGUUCAUGACACAAUGUUUCCAAGUGCUGUGUUGAUGUAGUGCUGUUUAAAUUAGAGGAUGCUAAAAAAAUAGAUCUAUAAAUCUAUCUAUCUAUAUAUAUAUGGAUUGGGAAUUUGUUUGUGUUGUGUGAGCACCGGACCAAGAGAAUCAAUUCUGUGUGUUGAGAUGUCAGUCAUAUAGAUAUAUACAUGCCAGUUUCAAUUUCAUCAAUAUUUUCUUUUUUUCUCCCUCACUUGAAAAAGCAAAUACAAUAUUCCAGGCUUGAAGCCUGUGAUAUUGAGGUAUAUUUUCAGAUGUACAUAUAAAAAUAUAUAUGAAGCACCUGCACAUUCUUUAAUCAAUAUCAUGAACUGCUGUAAUGUGAAUUUCCAUGCCUUGCAUCAAAGUAUCACCUGAAUGCCAGUUUAGAUUAUGUUUUCUAUUUAAUCGGUUGCUCAAAAUGCAGAUGAUGGUAAAUUUCUGGUAUAUAUGAUAGCUUUAUCUUCUGGCUGAGGCAGGCAUCAUGGUGGUUAUUUUAAAUUAGCUAUAAAAUGCAUAUUUAUCAUUUAAACCACUUUUGUGGGAGGUUAACUGGUGCAAUAAAGUCUUCGUUUUUUAUAGUAUUGAAACCGUAUAUAUAUAUAUAAAAGUCUAGCACUUUCAGAUAAGAAGAUGCUGAGUAAACAUCUUAUUUAUCUAGUAAGUGCACCAGAUUUGUGUUUUGCCCUGAGUUGAUCAUUAUUUUCUUUAGGGCUGAUGCAGCAGACGUUGUUAUGAUGAAAUUCUUUAUAUUAUUGCAUGAUCUGAUGCUCAUAAUGCAAGCUUACCCAGACUUAUAACUGAUUAUCUAAUAUUUUUCAAACUUUUUAAUUUGCCUGCGACUUUGAGGAAAACCAGGUUUCGCUUUUGGGUAGAAGGCCCAUGGCCUGCUAAAUGUAUUAGCGUGUCUCUCCCUCCCUCAUUUUCUCUCUCUCUCUUUCUCUUUUUUCUCUCUCUUCCAUUCUCUGCUCUGGCCCACUCUUCUCCUCCUCCAAAUGAAUAUGCUACUCAACUUCUCUGUUGUUAGUGGUGUUUGAUAUGUCUUGUGAAACUCUCGAUGCCUUUGGGUUGUGCUGUAUUUAAUGUGUAUGAUAUAUUCUUAGCGUUUAUGAAGAUAUUGAUGAAAAUGGUUAUGACCAUGCUGAAAACUCAAUCACCAAAAUUAUCCAGAAAUUCUGUUGUAUUGUUCUAUGGAAUCCAUGAAGGAAAAUUCAAUAAAGAAUAAGUUAUCCUGUUGAAAAAAAA